UCUGUCACCUCAGCUCCCGCACCACCACCAGCACCAGCACCCCGUCGCCCCUGCCCCGCUUGCUGUCUCCCCGGCGGAGGCUGCUUCCCGGUCCUGCCCUCUCUCUGCUCUGUUGUCGUUGCUGGUUUCUUCUCCCACAUGGAUCUGGUCGGAGUGUCAUCGCCUGAACCGGGGCCGGCAACGGCUUGGGGGUCCAACAAGUGUCCGUGGGCUACCCCUCAGAACACAAUAUCUUGUUCUUUGGCUGAUGUAAUGAGUGAACAGUUGGCAAAAGAGUUGCAAUUAGAAGAAGAAGCUGCCACUUUUCCUAAAGUUGUUGUUGCUGAAGGACCAUUUAUUACUGGAGAAAACACUGAUACUUCCAGUGACCUAAUGCUGGCUCAGAUGCUACAGAUGGAAUUUGACAGAGAAUAUGAUGCACAGCUUAGGCGUGAAGAAAAAAAAUUCAAUGGAGAUAGCAAAGUUUCCAUUUCCUUUGAAAAUUAUCGAAAAGUGCAUCCUUAUGAAGACAGUGAUAGCUCUGAAGAUGAGGUAGACUGGCAGGAUACUCGUGAUGAUCCCUAUAGACCAGCAAAACCAGUUCCUACUCCCAAAAAGGGCUUUAUUGGAAAAGGAAAAGACAUCACCACCAAACAUGAUGAAGUAGUAUGUGGGAGGAAGAAUACAGCCAGAAUGGAGAAUUUUGCACCUGGGUUUCAGGUAGGAGAUGGAAUUGGAAUGGAUUUAAAACUAUCAAACCAUGUUUUCAAUGCUUUAAAACAACAUGCCUACUCAGAAGAACGUCGAAGUGCCCGCCUCCAUGAGAAAAAAGAACAUUCUACUGCAGAAAAAGCAGUCGAUCCUAAGACACGUUUACUUAUGUAUAAAAUGGUCAAUUCUGGAAUGUUGGAGACAAUCACUGGCUGCAUUAGUACAGGGAAGGAAUCUGUUGUCUUUCAUGCAUAUGGAGGGAGCAUGGAAGAUGAAAAGGAACAUAGUAAAUUUAUACCUACAGAAUGUGCCAUCAAGGUGUUUAAAACAACCCUUAAUGAGUUCAAGAACCGUGACAAAUAUAUAAAAGAUGAUUUCAGGUUUAAAGAUCGUUUCAGUAAGCUAAAUCCACGUAAGAUCAUUCGAAUGUGGGCAGAAAAAGAAAUGCACAAUCUCACAAGAAUGCGGAAAGCUGGAAUUCCUUGUCCAGCAGUUGUGCUACUCAAGAAACACAUUUUAGUUAUGUCUUUUAUUGGCCAUGAUCAAGUUCCAGCCCCCAAAUUGAAAGAAGUGAAGCUCAGUAGUGAAGAAAUGAAAGAAGCCUACUAUCAAACUCUUCAUUUGAUGCAGCAGUUAUAUAAUGAAUGCACGCUUGUACAUGCUGACCUCAGUGAAUAUAACAUGCUGUGGCAUGCUGGGAAGGUUUGGUUGAUUGAUGUCAGUCAGUCUGUAGAACCAACGCAUCCUCAUGGCCUGGAGUUCUUGUUCCGUGACUGUAGGAAUGUCUCACAGUUUUUCCAGAAAGGAGGAGUAAAGGAAGCCCUUAAUGAACGAGAACUCUUCAAUGCUGUUUCAGGGUUAAACAUCUCAGCAGAUAAUGAAGCUGAUUUCUUAGCUGAGAUAGAAGCUUUGGAGAAAACGAAUGAAGAUCAUGUUCAGAAGAAUGGAAGGAAAGCUGCUUCAUUUUUGAAAGAUGAUGAAGGUCCUCCAGUUCGAUAUGAUGAAUAGCACCAAUACCCACUGCUUUCAUUGUUAACACAGCAGUGAUUGCCGGCUGCCAAUGCCAAAUUAAGUUAUGGGUGACUUGAAAUACCAAACACAAGGAGUGUACAAUGGUGCUUCUGUGCUUUUCCCCCCUUGUAACCCAUAUGCCAGAUGUGUGGAAUUUUUAGCUCAGCAUUGAGAGAAUAAAAUGUCACUACCUCUCAUCUUAUGAACAGGAUAAUAUAAUUCUUUAAUAGCUACAGGUUAUCUAGUUGAAAUUGACCUGAUUUUACAGGAUUCGUGGUAUAAAAUGUUUGGAUGAUAAUUUUUUAAAACUUAGGUAACAUUUCCAGAUAUGGGAGGAAAGGUCUUGCUGUGAUCACCUCCCUGUUUAGUGUUUCAUCUUCCCUUAAAUAUAUUAUUGGCCUGAAAUUAGCCCUUCUCAAUUCUUUUUCCAAAAUGUAACCGUGAUUCUAAAGGAAAAUAUCUUCUUUUAAUUGGUGUUAUAAAUGGAAAUCUGGUUUCAGAAAGGCUAAUGAAAAUAGAUAAAAGCAAAAUACUUCUUAUUGGUACAUCAUGAUUAUAAGCUGAGUUCUUUUCCAUGUUCAUAUCCAAGAAAAGGCAUUGUAGGUUUCUAAAAGAGAGAAAUAUAUAAGAACUAAACCAUCCACAUUUUUUAAAAUUAGCUUUUAACAUAUUUAGGUGAAAUGGAUAGAAUGUAACUCGGGGUGCAGCUGCUCUGCAUUUGUAAUGAAAAUGUAAGUUAUCUGGAAGGGCAGAAUAUAAGAUUUAACCCCAUUUAACAUUUUUAAUGAAGUCAAUGAUACAAAGUUUACAUUUCACUCAUACUAUAUACUUAUUUAUUUUGAGAGAAAUAUAGCAAGUCAGGUGAUGAACACUAACUUUGAAACAAGUUGAGUACCAAAUUAACCAUCUAAUUUGAACUAUCUGACCUCAUUUUUAAUAUUUUUCAGUACUUGCUAGAUGCCACUUAAAUAAAGCAAG